CUUACUCUCCACUGCGGUCAUGUUGUUGAGAGCUCUUCCGAGUCGUGAUGCUCUGGCACCUGCAGCUCCUACAAUUGCCGCAUUGGCUCCAGGUAACUACGGCUCGGGUGGAAGCAGCAGUAGCCGACCAGGGAAGACGGAACGCGUCUUUGCCGCCGCCAUUGCUGGCUUUACUUUGAGCGUAACGAGGCAGAGGAGAACGUUGCCGAAUCAAGCGGCCAAAGAUGAUGAGGUACAAGUCAAGGACAAAGAGGAAGAAGCCUUAGACUAUGACGUACCUUCCAGGGAGGAGCUGGAACAGCAGCAGAUCCAACUUCUUGAGGCCACAGGCGCUUUGGAGCUUCAAAGGAAAGAAGAAGCAUUCCAAGCUCGAAAGAAGUGGAGGGAAAAGAACCCCUCACCGUUGGAUCGAUGGUCGCAAGAAAUGCAGGAAGUGCGAAACGACACGGAGCGGCGAAUGUUGUGGGGGGAUCUGAAGAAGAAAUCUGGAGGUCACAAGCGAUACCGUGGCAAAAAGGUGGGUGAAGAAGAAGGAAAGAUGAAAUUCAACCGGGGCUUUCCUUUAGAGGACACUGAAGCACAAGAGCGGUCAGAUCAAGAGAGAGAUAGGGAGUGGCUAGACAUGUGGCGAGCCAGUUGGCCCGAGGGCCACACCUUGGAUCCGCACGACCCGGAAUCCUUCGGCUUCGCCUUGGUGGGCACCGUGACGGGUGCACAUGGUGUGCAUGGAGAUGUCCGUGUACGAGCAGAUGACUUUCUUUGCGACCAAGGCUAUGACCCUGAUGAGCACUUGGCUCGCCGUAACUUCUCCAACUUCACAGAGGAUUCCAAACGCGUGCACUUGAAAUCUCCUCACCGUCGCUUUCCUCGUCCCUUCAGGAUCUUGACGGGAAAACGCGUCCAGCGUCGCGUCUAUGCCCUGCGCUUGCAUGGGGUGGAAUCACCCGAGGAGGCCGUGGCCCUCCGAGGCUACAAAGUCUUUGUGUUGGAACCGCCCCCAACGGCAGCCGACAAAGCCAAGGAAGAUGAAGGCAUGGAUCUCUAUGAUGCUGGGACCACGAAGUUUCACACACGUGAUGCGCUGGGAUUAUUGGGCUCCAAAUGCGUCAUGAUCACUGGGAAUGUUUCCGAGGAGACGUUGGGAAGCUUUGCUGCAGCCGAGUCGCCCAAGGAAGCGCAAGAGGUCCUGACCGAAGCUGGAGCAGGUCUGCAACACUUUGGCAAUCUCUCAGCUGUGGUCCCUGACUACAAAAUCGCACGGAGACACCGUGGUCGAAAGGCAGCGCAUGAUCUUCUGGACAUCACACUGGUGGAUGAGGUCAAAGGUGGUGAGGGGAAGUACCUCUUCGAGCCGGAUCCAGAAUCUCCAAACGGCAGGGCCUUGAACAUGGACAACUGGCGCACGGGAGAUCCCAACUUCGAACGAGUUGUGUAUGUGCCGUUUGUUCCCGAUAUGAUCGCACGUGUGGAUGCAGACCGGGCAGGUAGCACGGUCUACUUCAAACUGUCGGAUGAUUACCUGGAGAAAACCUCGUUCUCCUGCCGGAAGCGGAUCGUGGAUGAACGAGGGCUACUGGUGAUUCCUCGUGGGCCUUAUGUCAAGGCCCUCCUUCCCCCGGAGGGCAAAUCCCACGCGCUGCGGCGCCGCGACGGCAAGCGCUUGCCGCUGCACGGCACAGCGCCUGCGGCGCCGGAGGAUAUGCCGCAACCUGCGGGACAGGCCUACCCAGAGACCAGCCCGGGCGUGCCGGAGCCACCUCUUCACAGGCCCUUUGGUGGCCUCGAUCGCUUGAACAGCUCCAAGAACAAGAUCAAACGCUUCUUCAAGGAAUCUCAACAAGUCGUCACUCCCAUCGACAUGCGUGACGAUGAUGCGCCAUCGGGAAGCGAGAAGUGAGGUCCAGACAAGGUGGGCAGUUUGCCUAUGUUUGCCUGAUGUGGCGGUGUGGAAAACACGUGGAAAUACCCAAAUCCAUCCAAAUCCAUCCAGAUCCUCCAUAGAAAAUGGUGAAUUUUCGGCAAAACCAGCAUUUGAGGAUCCAUUUUUUCCUGUUUUUUAUGUGGUGGCCCUGGUAGCCAAAGGGCCAAGAGUCCCAGUGUCGCUGAUCUUUCCGUUCGAUUUCACCCCAGAUGGAAGAAGUUUUGCACCGAGCUGCCGGAAAUGCGGAGAAAAAAGA